AUUAGAUAUUAUUUUUAUAUAUUAGUAAUAAUCGUAAUAAUAAUCAUUAAGACAUCAACAACAGUUAGUACCUAUGAUAGAUCUAAGUUUUAUAGUUGAUUUUAUAAAUAUUAACCAAAUUUAAUUUUAUUGUAGCGUUUGAUGUCAAUUUUAAUGACACCAUACAUUAAGAAUUUAUCAUUAGAUUUGAGAACUCUGGUAAAUCAUUAUAAUGGAAAUCGACAGUCAACAAAAUAUUUUAUCGACCGCACUAAUAAUUCAUCAUGACAUUAUUGUUCAAGACAUUCAAGGAGACGUAAUUAUGAUUUUAUUUGAAAAUAAGGUGUUGACAAAAAGUGAAUACCAAGAAAUUAAAUCUGAGGUAAUUAUCACGAAACAUUGAUAGAACACUAAUGUUUUUUAUUUUAUACCAUGUGUUUAUUGUAGAAUAAUCCUGUGAAGGAAGCAUCUCGUUUGCUUAAGCUUUUGUCAUUGAAAGGUGUUAACGAUAUUACUGAAUUCUUAAAUUAUUUAUCAAUAUAUUAUUCAUGGAUAGCUGAUUCAAUUAAGAAAUCUAUACCAAAUGCAUAUAUUACAGAACUACAGAAUAUAUUAACUGCUGGUGAAAUUCCCCAAUUAUCUACAAGACAUGUUUCACGAACUGAACAUGUUAGUAAAAAUGUGAAAUAUUACAUUAUAACUACUAAAUUUAUUGUUUGUCUACAAUAAUCAGUUUAGGUAAAAAUAAAAAAAAAAUAAUUUGUUGUUUAGGUACAAACAUUAAAGAAACUUUUAAUUAAUUUAAAAGAAAACAAUUUUGUUGUUGUGAAUGGUAUGACUGGUUGUGGAAAAUCUAGUCUAGUUGUUGAGGUUUUAAAUGAUCCUAUUAUUACCAUUCAAUACUUACAGGUAAAUUAUUUUUUAUUAAAUUAUAAAAAUAACAGUAAUACAAAUUCUAAAUUAUUAUAAGUUAUGUUUAAUAAUUCAUGUCUAUGACUAAAUAUUACAUGUAAUGUAUCCUUGUCCAUUUAUCAACAGUGUAGUGUAUGACUACAUUAUACUAACAUUAUUCAUUCUAUGAUCAUAUAUGCAUAUGUUUUGAUUUGUGGAAUUUUUAGGUGGAGUUAAAGUCAAUAUUUUUGAUACUUAAAUUUUUCACAACAUUUAAGGGGUAUCCUGUAGCGAUAGCAACUUUGAUUUUUCAAAUGAAAAUCCAUAUUAAAAAUUCCAUUAAUAGAUGGAGUAUUACUUAAAAUAAUUUCUGGUAUUAAGGUUUUUGAUUUUCGUGAACCUGUUGACUUCUAGGUUUAGGUAGGGGAAAUUAGUGGAGUAUCAUUUGUGUGGCAGAAUUUUAACAUAUGUUUUAAUUUAAAAAAUCCAAGUUGGUAUCACCACAGGAUACUCCUUAAGUGUAGUGACAAAUCUAAAUAUUUGAAAAUAUCGUCUUCUACUACAUAUAAAGUUUCCAAAAAUCAGAAUUUCAAUAUAUUCAAAAUUUAACCACAAAAAUGGGUUGAGCACGCUUAAUGAAUCACUGUAUUUAUAUUUUUUAUUUGCAGAUUGUAAAUUUUCCUUUUAAUACAUAGAAAGAAAAUAUAACCAAUUAAGUUGUUUUCAUAUUUUUAUAAAAAAGUAGUCAUUACUAAGAGUUAUUUAAUAAUUUAUCUAUUAAAAAUCUAUUUCAUUAUGCAAUAAUUCUUAAAAAAUGUAUUUUUUAUUCAUAUGAGUUUUAAAAAAUUUUCUGACAGAUUUUUGGGAUAACAAAUUAUUAAAUAGGUGUAACAUCUUACAUGUAAAAACAAGAAAAUUUCUGAAAUUGAAUUUAAAAGUAUGCAACUAUGUACUACAUGGGAUUAGUAUCCUUAUUUUAAAUUUAAAAGAAUAUUAUAUUAUUAUUUUAUACAUUUGAUUUUUUUAGGGAUAUGUUCAGUGGAUACAUGUCGGACAAGAAAAUCCAUCAGAUAUUGCAUGUAUUCAAACUGAAUUAUUAAAUAGAUUAAACGAACAAGAACAACCUAUUUCACCUCCACUGAAUAUUGAUUAUGAGGCCACAAGAAAAACACUUCGGAAUCUGUAAAUUCAUAAUAAUAAAUUUUUAAAGUUAUAAUUUCUUAUUGAAUAUGUGAUUUACACAUAUUUCUCAUUAAUUGUUUUAAUUGUAUUUAUUUUGAAUAUUUAAUAAUCUUUUUUGGUAUCACCACUGUCCAAAAUACAUUCAAAUCUAUAAUACUCCUGGCUAUGUUUUGUCUUAUUUAGUAUUUUAAUUACAUUACAAUUAUACUAUUUUUUUACUAUAUUUUUUUAUAGAUGGAAACAAAAAAAAAUAAAUGGUUUGUUAGUAUUGGAUGAUGUAUCUAGUAGUCAAAUAGUAAAAUACUUGGAUAUUGGAUGUAAAAUAUUAAUAACAACACAUGAUAUAAGUAUAAUGGACGACAUAAUAGAUACACGAGUGAAAUAUGUAAAAGUAAAUGAAGGAUUUCAAGAAAAAGAGACUUUAACUUUGUUUUCAAAAUGUUUGAAUAUUGACUAUAAGUCUUUACCACACAAUGCAUCUGUGCUUCAUAAAAUAUGCAAAGGUUAGUUAGUUUAAACUGUACUAUAAUAUUUAUUAAAGAUAUUUAAUUUGUUUAGGAUUUCCAUUAACUAUUUCACUUAUUGGUGCACAACUUGAAACACAUCAAGAGGAAACUAUUAAUAAUAAGGAUAGAUGGACAUUUUAUUUAGAAGAGUUAACAGAUAAAACAAGUGAACCUUUUAGGUAAAUAUUAUUUCUAAGUACUUAUAAUUUAAAUUUAAUUACAGUCUUGUGAGCUGGUUAAUAUUAGUCAAUUAUAUAUUAUUAAUUAUAUUUUUAGUUUUUGAGGUAUAUAAUAAUACAAAAUAUUUUUACCAAAAUUCUUUAGCAGAUUUAAUUAAAUUUUUAUUUAUUUUAAGUUAUUAGAAUCGUUUUAUAGACAAAAUGUCUAUUCUAUGGUAGAAAUCACUACAAAUUCAACUUAUACAAAUAUUUUAAAUAAUAUAUUUAUCAUAUUUUCAUAGGCAUACACAACGUAGUUAUAACCAGAUUAAGAGUCUUGAAAGAGCAAUAGAAAUGUGCAUUAAAAGUUUACCAGAUUAUCUUCAAAAGAAAUAUCAAGAUUUUUCUUUGUUUGUAUACGAUUUAAACAUUAAACCAGAAGUAAUUUCUUAUUAAAAUCAACAUUAUCUUUUAUGAUAUAUAUAUAAGUUAUAUAUUUGUAUACUAAAGAAUAAAUAUAUAAUUAUUUUGAAAAUCAUUUUUUAUUUUAGGUUUUAUCUGUAUUGUGGAAUUUAAAGAAGAUAGAAGUGGAAGAUAUUAUGUUGGAACUAACACGUAAGAAUUUAGUGGUUAGGGUUUGGAAUCAACCUUUGAAUAGUUAUGUUUAUUCUAUACAUGAUUUGCUGUUAAAAAAUUUAAAAAAAAAUACAAAUUAUCAUGAAUCUAAGGUAUAAUUUGGGUAUAAUUUGCAAUAAUAAAAAAAUUGAAUAAUAUUAAUUCAAUAUUAUCAAAUUUUGUUAGGCUCUGCACAAAAAACUUAUCGAGUGUUAUAGAGUUAAUUGUAAUGGACAAUUUGCUAAUCUUCCAAAAAAUGACAAUUAUAUAUUUUUGUAUUUUGGAUAUCAUUUGAAAAAUGCUGAUAUGCUCGGAGAAUUUUCUCAAUGGUUUUUGAAUUUAAAAUUUUUAGAAUCAAAAAUAUGUGUAACAGGUCCUGCUGAUGUCUUGGCAGAUUUAAGAAAAUACAGAAAAUAUAUUGCUGUUCGGGUAAAUAUAUAUGUAUAUAAUGCUUAUAUAUAAUAAUAUAUAGCUUUAACUAUUAUAACUAUUUUAACUAUUAUAACCUAAUUGAUAAAAUACAUUUUCUUAUCACUUAUAGAAUUAUAUUUUCUAAGCAUAUUAUUGUAAUAUUUAAACAUUUUCAGAAUGUAUAUGAAGGUUACAUAAAUGAAAUAGAAAAUUUUAUUAAACGUAUUGGACCAAAUUUGUAUCAAACUAAAUGUGAUAUUGUCCAAUUAGGCCUUCAAGAACCUGAAACUUCUUUUGUGUAUAAUGAAUCAUAUAAAAUUGCAAAAACUUGUUGGAAUUCGUAUUUUUAUUAUAAGUAUAAAUAUUAUAAUUGUAUUGUUAUAUAUUAACUUAACAAAUGUAUUACUAUAUUGCUAUAAUAUUUUUUAGUAUUCGUGCAUCUCAAAAUUUCCAUCCAGAACCUCAUAUAUCUAUUGUUAGAGAAAACAUUGCUACUGCAAUUUUUGGAAAAAACUAUGAUGAGGUUAUAUAUGGCACCACAAAUGGAAUCAUUAAAGUAUGUAAAUAUAUUAAUAUUAUAUAUUUAUAGUAAUUAUUUACUAAGAAGUUGUGUGCCCGUCAAAUGUGAUGGACUAUAGUGAAUUGUAUAUUUGUUUGUCAUGGUACCUAGAUCAACUAAGCGUUAUAGACAUAUCAUGACUUAUAUAUAAGAAAACAAAUUUGAGUUCAGUAGGCCAAUUUUUAUGCUGUUUUAAUAUUAAGGGAAAUUGACCUAUUACCUAUAUUUUUUUUUUGAUAUUUUAAUUUUUAAGGGAGAUAUAAGGAUUUUUAAAUUGUGAUAGUUCACAUAUUUAUAUCUCCCUUAAAAAUUAAAAUAUCGAUAAAACAUCAACACUAGGUCACAUCGUUUAACCUUAAAUUUUGGAAAUAUGUCAAUUUUCUAUAAUAUUAAAACUUAAAGUAUACUAAAUUAUACUGAAAGCAAAUUUACCAUGCCAUACAUUUGUAAAACGGAAACAGCGAAUGCGUUUGUGGUGACCUUUUAACAAAAUGUAUUGUAACUUGAUUAAAUUUAAAUAGGUAUGGAAUUUAAUGUCACAUAAAUGUUUGCACACUUUUAAUGGCCAUUCAAAAAAAGUAACCCAUUUAGUUACUAAUAAAUUAAAAAAUCAAUUUUUAUCAACAUCUGAUGAUUCAACAAUAUGCAUUUGGAAUAUGUACAAUUCUAAUGAAUUUAGUGGUAUAUAUUUUUAUUUUAUUAUUUUGACUGUCAUUUAUUUAUUUAAAAAUGUGUUGAAUUUUAGAUUCCGAAUCACUUACACCACCACCUCAGGUUAGGCAAGAACAUUGGCAAAAUGUAUUUCAUCAAAAUAAUCAAAGAUCAACAGAUAUUUCUGACUGUGUUUUUGUAUUAAAACAAAACACUGCACCAGUCAUUUUUGCACAGUUUUCUCCAGAUAAUAAGUAUGUUGUUUCAUGCUCUACGGAUAAAACUUUAAAGGUGAUAUUAUUUUUCAUUAUUGUAUUAUAACUUAUAUUUAGUCAUCUUCUUUAACUUUUCCACGCACACAUCCAAUGUGAACAAUCCACUAAAGUCUUGUUUAGGAUUUCUCAAAUUGUUUGCUAGAAUUUUACUCUGGCUGUCGAUCUGAUGCAACCCGAUUUUUCUCUCACUCAUGAUCUUUAGAGUUUAGAGGUAACAUUGUUAUUUAGGGCAAUGGUUUUCAAUUUGUGUUGCGGCUCUCAGGGGUGUCCCAGUUUAGAAUCUAGAGAGUUGUGUCUAUAGUAAAUAUAGUAAAGUAAUACAGUAAAUUUAUUUAUAUACAUUUUUAUAUUAUUAUCAUUAUUUGCAAGGGAGCUGCUAAUUUGGAUUUCAAAAUCAGAAAAGCCGUGGACCCAAAAAGGUUGAAAACCACUGAUCUAAGAGAUAAUCUAUAAUCACGUUACGUGAUAACAUUGGUUUUCACACAGAUUAGUAAAAUUUAGAACUGCUAUUACUUAGAAACUAUUCUUUGAAUAUAAAUUUAUGAUACAUACAAAUUUUCAGAAAAAUAUACUUUACAAAAUGGCUAUCUUAUCAUUUUUUGAAAAUAAUAAAAUAAAGUUAUUUUGUUAAUUUUUUUAUUUUUAAUAAAAUAAAUUGAAUACAGAUAAAUAUUUUUAGUUCUCAUCCCUAUGAGUAAUAUAUAUAAAAAAAAAAAAAAAAACAGAAUUUGUUGAUAAUCUUUAUUAUCUGAGGAGAUUUCAAGGAGUACAUCUUAGUGGGACAAUGUGUGUAUAUUUUUUAAGAUAGUGGUCACUGAAUGUAUAUAUUGUUUGGAUACUUAUAACUGUUUAAUUCACUUGAAAACAUGUUUCAUUUUUCAUUUAUUCCACAUUUCUACUGUUCUGCUUAUUUUAAAUAUUGAUAUUGUUAACAAAAACUUAUUUAUUGAUACAAGUGUUUUAAAAAAUAGAUAUGGAGAUUAAAAGAUGUCACUAUUCCAAUUCCAUGUUCAAUCAAUCUGAUUAGCAUCGCCUAUAGGUGUUACUUUUUGAGAAAUGAUUUUAUACUUUUCUUAACUCAAUCAGAGGCAGGGAAAAGUGGUCUGUAUGGAUGUGAAUGGCCUUUUAAACAUCAUACAGGAUUGAAGUAUCCAAAAGAAAAAGUUUUAUCAUUUUUCCCUAUAUCUUGUACAGAUGGUAAGUGUUGUAAUUUAUUAUUUUAAUUAUUUAAGACAUUAAAAUAUAUAUAUGUAUAUUAUUUUUAGGAGAUGAUAAAUUAGUAGUUAUGUCACAAAAUAAAAUAGCUUGUUACCAAUUAUGGACAGAUGACCAAAACCUAAAAGAACUAAUGGAAUAUCCUCAACCAAUAGGUUAUCAAAAUUAUAAAAUGUUUUCUAUUUUGGAUCGGUACCCAGGGAAAAUAAAUAAUAAUGGUUAUAUAGCUAUUGGUUUAAGUAAUAAUACAAUACAAAUUUGUGAUUUAUCUAACGGUUAUAAUUUUUUGCAUUUAAACAAUCCUGUUCAGUAAGUAAAUGUUUAAUUUUAAUAUUUAUUUUUAUGUUAAUCAAAGUUUUGAUAUUAUAGAGGUAUAUUGAACUUAGACUGGUAUUGGUCUACAGAGGAUCAAAAUAACUGGUUACUUUGUGCAGCAGAAGAUAGAUCUAUACGAUUAUGGUGUAUAAAUGAGAUUGAAAACUACACAUGUGCAUAUCAAGCAAACACUAAACAUCAAUCCAGUAAUGGUGUUGAACACUUAUGUAAAAAUGAAGUCAUAUCUCUUCAAGACUAUAAAUUAAUUACUGGAAAACAAAAUUUGUGUUAUACAUUUAAACAAAACUUUGAUGCUGUGUGGUUGGAUAAUAAUUCAAUAUUAAUAGCAGCUGCUACAAAAUGUCGUACUUUAAAGGUAAUAAGACGAGUUAUUUUUAAAAUUCAAUUUAACUUUUUCAAGAAUAUUGAAAGUAAUAAUACAUGACAAUAUUUAAGAUUUAGAAAAAAACUAUUAUUAUUUUUAAAUUAAUUAAUCAUGGGACGAAUUUGAAGUUUGCCUCAAAUAAAAUGACGAUGUUUCAAAGGAAUUUGAGAGUGAGUAUUAAAAAUAAGAAUGAGGAAGUUAAUUAAUGAUAAGAGAAUAGGACAAUUGGUAUUAUUAUUAUUAAAUUUAGUUGUCUUGAAUAACAAUAUAAAAUAAUGGUUUUUAUAGGAAUAAAAUAUAAGUAAAAGUAUAAAACCAAUUCUGUAGAUAUAUGAGGUUUAAACAAAAGUAUACAGACAUGAAUAUCACUCAGAUAUAUACACUCAGAAUAUUACCUUAACACAUUGAGAGACAAUUUUACUGUUAUAGCAAUAGUACUAUAAGUACAUUCAAAAAUCUAAGUAAAUUGUCAGUGUGGACUUCUGUAAUAUGGCAGUCCAAUAUUUUAUAUCAUUUGAUAACACUGAAAAAAUUACUACUAUAGCAAUGUUCAAGUAAUAACACAUUUUUUUUAUUACUGCUAUAGCAGUAGUAUCUGUCAAUGUGUUAACAUCUUUAAAAAAUAAAACAAUCAUAAGUGAAUUAGAAUUUUUUUUAUAAAAUUUUAAAUAGAUUAAUCAUUGCCCCAAACAGUUUAAUUUCCAUGUACCCACAAAACCCACAACAACUCUUGCACGUUCCUACCUCAAAAACUAACAAAAUGCAAGGAUCUAUUAUUAAUUGAAUUUCAAUCAACAUCUUUCACCUCACCUUAAACCAGUUCAAAAUUAAAAUCCAACAAAUUGUAUUAUAAUUGUAUAUCCAAACUACACCUAUUUAAUUAUCCAGACUUAUUUCUCCUCACUAAUUUAUUAUUAUUUAAUUAUUGAAACUGUAUUUUUUCUGAAUAACAUUUCUAUAUUCCAUGUUUAUUUAUAUUAUAAUAAGUAUAUUGUUAAUUUAUUUUAUGUUAAAUACCAUAUGUCAUAUUCAUUACAUUUACCAAAAGCGUGUUUACCUGUUAAUUUUUAAAUUAAAUAAAUAAUAAUUUUCUCCUGAUAAAUGUAUUGGGAUUUGUGAUAGUUUUGUAAAGUACUUAUUACAAUUGGGAGAUUAUUCUGUCUGAUAGAUGUUUAAUAUAAAUAAAUAACAGUGAACUCCCGGGGGAACAUAUUAAAUUGAUUUUUAUCUGUUUAUCAAAGAAUUUUUAAAAAUGCAACUUUAAAUUGACAGGUCUAAAAUCAUAGGCAUUUAAUUUGUCAUUGGUAAUACUGUGCAAGUACAGUUAAUUCAGCUGCCUAAUAGUAAUAUCAUUUAUUUAUAAUUUUUUUUAGAUACUAUUGGAAGGUUUAGACCAAUGGUCAUUGAUUGAUAACAGAGUUUCGGCUUUUAAAAUAGUGAAUUCAAAUCGAAAAAUUGAUCAAACAAUGAUACUUGUAGCAUGUGUUGAUUAUUCUGUUCACAUGUUGAGUCACCAAACAUCUAAACAUUUGUUUGACUCUGUGAAUGAAGUAGAGGAAAUGUAUGCCUGUUAUGAAUAUGAUACAUUAACUUUAGGAUGUUUGUUAAAGUAUCAAACGUAUCAGGAAAAUUAUGAGCAAAUUAUUGAGGUAAAAUACAUUUCUUAUCAACUAUUUAUAGAAAGUAUGUUUAUUGAUUUUUUUUUUUCAUAAUUAGAUUUGGGUAAAUAAUGUGAAAUCAUCUGGGAUAUAUGUGAAAAAACCAGUUAUUGAUUGUUAUAUGUUUCAUGAAAGAGCAAUAGUGUUACACAAUUUUAAUCAAAUUCUGGUAAAUUUUGAUCAAUUUUAUUUUUAUUUAUAACUAGAGAUACUAUGUAUAACAUAUAAUUAGAAAACAUACUUAAAAUAUCAUUAAAGUAUUUAAAAAUGUUGUUAUACUUAUAUUUGUUACAGGUAAGUAUUAUAAUAUAUUAGCAUUCAAAAUAAGUAAAAAAGAACUCUGUGUUAAAAUUUCAAGUAUUUCAGCCAAAAUAAUUUUAUCUUCAUAAAAAUAAAAACUAAACAUCAACAGAAUGUUUUUAAAAUUGUACUACAUCUAGGCCCACAUAAAUAUUUUAUCAUAUUUUUAGAUCUCUACAAUUAUUUGUCACUUAUUAUAAUAAUAAUAAAAAAAACAAACCUUUAUUUCUAUUGACUUUCCUAAUUUUCCAUAUAAUUAUAAAAAUUGUUUGAAAAUCAAAAUACUACCUCCUCAAUGCACCUACAAAAUACAAAAUUCUGCAAUAAAAUUCUCCUGUCAUAUUUUGUUUGGAACAAGGUGGAAAAGUUGUUAACUGACAGAAAAUAUAGCAAACAUAUCAUUAAUACCAAUAUAUUCCUCUGCUGAGAAUAUGUAAAAAAAAAAAAAACCCAACAAACAAAUUUGAAUACAAUCAAUUUUCUACUAUUAUAAUUUAAAACAUUAUAUUUUAUUGAAAAUUAGAAAUAAACAAAAACUACAUAGAAUUUUCCAUUGUUUAAUUUUUAAGAUUAUUGAAAUUGUUGAAAUAUAUAUUAUAGUAAAUUUUAUAAUAUAAAAUUAUUUAAAACUUAUUCAACAGGUAACAGAUGUACCAGCUAUUCAAGGUAAAGUAAAAUUUAAUAUGAAUUGCCUAAGAAUAAAUGGAAGUUCAUUGCUUGAUCAUGCAAAUUUAGCAGUGGUGGAAAAUGGCAACAAUUUAAAUAUAUAUCAAUUGAAUUCUGAUGAUGAUACAUUAUCUCUGAAGGAGCAAUAUGAAAUACAGUUUAAUGAAUACGAAUUAAUAUCAAUUAGUAUAUCACAUGAAAAAGAUUUAAUUGUCCUUGGUGGGAAAAAAGAUAUUGUUGUAAGUUUAAUAUGUUUUAUUAUUAUUUCCUAUCUAUCUCACACGACUUUACCUGUAUACACUUCACAGUAUUGAAAAAAAAGUGUUUCCCCACAAUUCCCCAUAUCCACCCUUAGCUUAUCACAAUUACACAUUUUUGCCCGGUAAUUUAUAUUUUAAAAGGAUACUUUCUUGUCUAUGACAACCAAAUCAACUAUAAUUAUUAUUUUUCUCAUCCAUGUUGUUUAAUUUUCAUUCCAAAAAUACCAAAAACCCUGUAUGAGCCCCCCUUUGGGUUGAAUUUUUGGAAAUCUGGCUUCUAAUAAUCAAGAAUCUAGGAAAAAAACAACAUGGUAAAAAAUGUCAAAUGCAUUUUACUUGAAAAUCACAAAUAAUAGUUUUAAAUCAAUAAUCAAGUUAUCAAAUUAUUAACUAUCAAAAAUAUAAAUAUGUAAAUAAUAAUAAUAAUAAUAAAUCAUAAAUAUCGUACAGUAUAUGCUUUAACUUAAAAAUAUGAUUUAUCUCUUUCCCACUUAAAUAUUCUUCAUUAUAAUGUUUGAGUUCAUUUUGCAACUGCAUAAAUGCUUGCGGAUCUUUGUAAAUAUUUAAAAAUAAAUACUAUUACUAUUUAAAAAUAUUACAUUAGUCACACAUCCCUCCGCCCAAAAAAAAAUUCUGGGCUGACCCUUUGAAUAGAUACAAUGAAAUUUAUUUGAUCAAGGUCAACAGCUUGCAAUUAGCCACUAAUAUUUGUGAUUUUUAAGUAAAAUACAUUUGUUAUUUUUUUCCUGUCGUUUUUACCGAUUAUCAAUAAUCAAAACAUGAUGAUCUUAAAUUUUGUUUAUUAUGUCUAUGUUAAAAUAUUUAAUUACACUGUUUGUGUUUUUACAAAACAUACUGAUUAAGUGGUAUAGUCAUCGGGGAGCAAUAAUGUAUUAAUUAUUAUUUGAAUUCAUUUAGCUACAACUAUAACUUUGUGAAAAUUGUGAAGAUGUUGAUAUUAUAUUUGUACAUACUUUAUUAUCAUACACUGGAUAUGAUGAUCAAUUAAAUCGAGUCCAUUGGAAAUUGUUAUAGUUCUAAUUAAUUUUUACUGUAUUCAAGAUUUAAAAACUUACACACAUAAUAUAAAUAAAAUAAUAAUGAUACAAUUUAGCCUGUAAUAAUAUUUAAAACUUGGUAUUCUGUGAAAAUAUGAAAUUUCCGAAUACAAAUUGUUGUAAAGGGGGUUGAAAGUUAAAACCCCGAAAAGCGAAAAAAGUAGAUCCUUGAUACUUGUAAGGUUACAUCAUUUUAGCUCGGUUGAUCCCAGAGGGAGCUACUAAUAGUAUUCUAAAGUAGCGUGAAAAAGAUAUUAUGUAUUAUAUAACAAAUACAAUACAGUAAAAUAGUUUCUAUUUUCAGGGAAAAAUAAACAAAAUAUAGAGUUUAUUUUAUAGUUUUAUUAAAAAUACAUUUUAUUUGUACCCAUAAAUUAUUCAAUGUACUUAACAGUCUAAAUAAUAACUGUUACUGACUUUUUUAAUUGGUUAAUACUUAGCACAUGAUUUACUAUGUAUAAAUAGUUCACAUUUUGCUCCUAACAUCUUAUUCAAUUAUAUUAGUGAAUAUAAAUUAUUUAAUAAUAAAUUUGUUUUCAUUAGCUGAUUGACAGAAAAUUAAAUUUAACAAAACAAUUUACAAUCGAUCCAAAUGUGAAUAAUAUACAAUCUAUGGUGUGGUCAUUAGAUGACACUUGCUUAGCAAUAAAAGAUGACAAUCACAUAAUUUCAUACGACAUUAAAUCUGGUAAAAAAAUAGCAAGUAUUAGAUUAACAGCUGAUAAAUUUGCAGUGGAUCAUACAUUGAAGACAUUCAUAGCAGUAAAUACUGCUGGACAACUAGUAAUGUUGAAAUUAUUUAGUAAUGUUGAGUUAAAUUAAUUAUUUAAUAUUAGUCAGGAGAACAUCACAUUGGAAUUUGUAUUACUAUCUGGUGGACAAUUUAGUAAAAACAUGUAUUCAUAUUUAAAAUAGAAAUAGAACCUUGAUUUUAGUACAAACAAACAAGGGCUUAUAAUAUUACAUUUCUUAUUAUUAUUUUUCAAACCAAAUUUAUUGCAUCUGAAAAUUAAUGUUUUUAUACAUAUUUCAAAAAAAAUUUUAUAAUAUAAAUAUUUGACAAAUUAAAAAAUCAAAAAACUAGUUUUAGACUUUUAGUUUAAAACUAGUCACUAAGAUUUGUUAUAACUAUAACAAAUCUUAGUGCAACUUUUUAUGUUUAUUUUAGCCCAAAAAUCAACUAUUUAUUGCAAAUUAUUGUAACUAUUUAUUAACAUGGUAAGUACUAUUUGGUGUAUGCAAAUAUAUUUUUACUAAAUUGUCCAAUAAGAUGUACAGAAACAGAGUAGCCCAAUGUUGGUGUGGCAUUCUCUUAAGUUAUUUAGAUUUAUUUACUCUUUAAAUUUUAUUCUGUAUAUUAUAUAACAUUAUUUUAUAUUUUUGACAGCCAAUUAUUGAAAAUAUUAAAAAUAAUGAGAUUGAUUGAUUUUGUAAACAAUUGUAAAAACUUAGUAUUAAAGAAUUAAUGUUCUUAGAUUUAGUUAUUAUGAAUUGUGAUUUGUAUAGUUUUUUUUGUUUUUACCAAUCCAUUUUUAUAAAUUUAAACAAAAGUUACUUAUUUUAAUGUUUAAAAAUAAUAAUCUAAGUAUUAUAAGUAUUAUUUUGCAAAAAAAUGAUUUUAUUAUCAUAAUUUUUAACUUUUAAUUAGAGAUAAUUUUUAAUGUUAUCUGUGAUGCUAUCUGUGAUUUUAUAAUUGAUUGAUUGUGAAUUUUUUCUAUUAUUUUUCUAAACAGUAUUUAUUGUAAGUAAUUAAAAGGUUUGUGAUUAGCGUUUACUAUUCUCAUAACACUUGUGAAGUGCCUAUAACGGUUUUUUGGUGAUAUU